AUGCGACCUCUUGAGGAGCCAAAAGACAAGUGGAAAGGCUGCGAAUGCAUUGAAUUAAGCGAUGAGUCAGACGUAGAGUAUACUGCUUAUUCUGACAGCGAGCUGGAACAGUACGGUACCUUUUUUGAUCAACUGCCAAGCAGCGAUUCGGAUAAGCCUAGAGAGCAUCCCAGCAACAACCCAGCAUGCCAGUCAGACAACGCCAACGGACCACUUCCGGACCAGCUCGUUACAGAUGCUGGAAAUAAGAAGCCCUCAGAGCUGCAGUACAUGAUGCGCGAAACUCUUUGCAACAACAAGUGCGAACUUCCUCAAGGGUUGCCUGCCGCAUCUGUGGCAACAACCAAGGACGGAAACGAUGGAUGCGAAAUAGCGAUCAUUCUGCCCAACAACGUCGAAGCAUGGGCUUAUCGCGCUACGCAAUCCACAGGCCCACAGUGGCAAGACUGCUGGGACUCAUUCGCCAAUAUCACGGAAAAGUGUGUUAAAAACGACCCUGCCACCGGCUGGGUCAAUGGCCCCGACGACUAUCAAUUCUACCAAAGCGGGAUUAGACCCCUAAAUGGUGAUGGUUCAAAGCACGGCCAGCUUGACGGGAGCAAUGCACUCAAAGACGCGACUCCGUCACAGCCUUCACCGCCAACACCUACUGAAACUAUCGGACUAUCUCCAACGGGAGACGGGAUCAAUUGCCUCUCUAACGAUCAGGGGGGCUGGCUGUGGGAUUGCGGCGACAUAGUGAAUAAGUUCGGCGAUGACGAACAGAUAUGCACCAACGACAGCAAGUACUGCUCUACUGAUCUCAACAACAUCGGCGAAUCAUACUGCAAGGCCUCAGGCGCGAAAUGCGAUUCUAACGGUUCGGGAACCAUGAAGAUCAGCUCAUAUUGCGCCAUUGCUACGUCUCAGAGCUGCUCGCUGGUCAUCGCGGACAAGCUUGCUAGUUUUGGUUUCCCUGGAAGCUCUUGUAUAACAGGAAGGGAUAUCAAGAAUUUCAUUGCGGCGGAACGGAGUGCGGAUGGAUGCGGUGGACCGCCGGAUCAGGGGCGCAUUGCUAUGGCUUUUGCUAACAAUGGAGCGGCGACGUGGUGUUUGGCGGGAUCGAAAGCUCCUGGUAUAUGUGCUGCGUGA